CUCUAUCCUUCCCGGUCCUCUACGCCGUUCUUUCAUCAUGGUGUGCUGCUGAAAUCUGUACAAUGUCAGUGUAAUUAUAGUGUAAUAGUGAUUUCUGUUUUCUCUCACGGUGAUAGCUGUCAUGUCAUAAAGUAAACAACACUUCUGAUCAUCAUCAAAUCGAAAGUCCUCUCCACUUGCUCAGCUCUCAUCUGAAAGUUCCUUCUGUUUGUUAUCGGUGCACUCUCUUGAUCCCAUGCUUACCUAAUUCUCUGAACGUUGGUACUUGAAUAUUAGCUAAUCCAGUCAAUCAAAAUGUUUUCCGAUAGGGAUGUCGGGAGCCCACAAUCUCCAUUUGUAUCUCCUUAUCUCAACUUCGACCCAGCAUAUCUCCCAGAGGCAACACAACCUGAAUUCAUUUUCCCUGAGGGUGCAUCUAAGCAGCGAGGAAGAUUUGAAUUAGCCUUUUCUCAGAUCGGGGCAUCAUGUAUGGUAGGAGCUGGAAUAGGAGGAGCCUCAGGCUUUUACAAUGGGCUUAGGAUGACCGUGCUUGAAGGUCAAACUGGCAAACUACGGCGAACACAGUUAUUAAAUCAUGUAAUGAAACGAGGUGCUGCAACUGCUAAUACACUUGGCGUUGUUGCUGUUAUGUAUUCUGGCUUUGGAGUGUUAUUUUCUUGGCUUAGAGGAUGUGAUGAUGAGCUUAAUACUCUUGGAGCAGCCACAACCACAGGAAUGCUGUUUAGAUCCACAAGUGGGCUGAAAAAAUGUGGCCUUGGUGGAGCAGUGGGUUUCGGAUUGGCAACUGUCUACUGUCUGAUCACCUCUAGAGAUAGAAUUAAUAGCUUCCUUGAAAGUAAAUCCUGAGUUCUGACUCAAUAAUGUUUCUCUUAAUGAAUGGUAAUAAUUGAAUUUCCAUUAGCCAGUCAUAUUCCUAAAAGAAAUUUCACCCUCCGUUCUAAUGCUUGAUUCUCUUCUUUUGGAUUAGCAAACAUAAAAGGGGCAAACAAACACAAUUUCAAAAACUUUUCGAUAUUCUGUUUUUGGUUACCUUUUGUUUUAGGUUAUUUUUUAGUUAAUUUGUGAAUUACAUUGUCUUGAAUAAACUUAGUUUCUGAAGCUAUCCUUGUUGUAACUUAGAUUUUCGAGCACUAAUGUGCACCAAGAUAAUGGACGUGUUCAUGAGAUGUAAACCUAUGUCUUUUCAAGGAAACAAGUUAUUAUUUGCUCUUGUUUUAGAAAUGUUAUCUGAAAUCAAAAUUGGACUGCAUUUUGCAAUUUGGAACUGUAAAUUCUGGCUCUUCUGGAAAAAUACUUUUGUGCAUAGGGAAACUAAUGGCACAUACGUUACCGGCUACAGGGCUAGAAUUUUUAGUUCCAAAUUGCAAAAUGUAGUCCAAUUCAUAGAUCGUCAAAUCGUAACAAGAUCUGUGUAAGAGUGUCACGUCUCCACAACAGAUAUUAACUGAGAUACAGUCCUUUAUAAAAUAUUGUGAAUGACAUAAUCCAUCACUGUUAAAACCAUGCUGUGCAAUGUUGGAGUGGUGGCAAUUGCUAUUUUGCUAUUUUUUGAAGGGCCUUAUCACUGCCAAUAUUCUGUGUACACACUUAAUGUUCUGACCAACCUUACCAGGUUUUGUUGAUCGGUACGACUCAACCUCACUGAUGGUUCUGCGACUUAUAAAAUCUGACCCCAUUAGCUUAAAUGCACCUUUCACUGCUGCAGUACAAUGAUGGAUAAAAUGAUGACAUCAUAAAUUCAUAAUGCAGUAUACAGUAAUGCAUUAGUGGCAAAUUUUUGCAAUUUAUCAUGCUUGUCAACACCAGCCUGUGUAAAUAAAAGACCCUCCAAUGGACUUUUUCAUUUA